AUGCAUACAUGCUGUCGCGCUUGCAGGCCCCCGCCAGCAGUCCGUUCACAGAUCACCCACCCCUGCUCCCUCUGCUGGCCCGCUGGCUGGCUGGCUGGCUCGCUCGCUGGGUCAUCACCGCCGCCGUCACUUCUCUCGAGGCGGGUCCAUCCAUACAACUGCUGCCGCUGUAAUCAUAAAACUCCCAAACCUCCCGCUCUGACCUCUCUUUCCCGUCCGCUCUCACUCCUACUCUUAUUCACACACUCUCUCCCUCUCCCGCCAACAAUUCCCUUUACCAGCCCGUGGCUUGCAAGACAACAACCGCUACUUUCGCUUGCCCACGCCAAUCACCGCCCACCACUCCCAAAGCAGUCACCCGUGCUCCGCUCAGGUAGCGACAAUUCCCUCUGCACUCCCGCCGCCAAUACAUGUGCCGCUUUCGUCGUCCCGCCCUCUCACCACUACAAGACCCCGAGCAUUCGCCUGCUCCUCCUCCUCCUCCUCCACAUCCUCUUCUCGCAAUCUCUGCUGCGAACAAAACAUCCGUCGCUGCACUUGUCUGAGAAGGCCCGAAUCUUCCAAUUGGUUACCGCUGCCAUGGACCUGCCUGCCGCAUCUCGCACCACCGCCACACGCUCUCGCCGAUCAGAACGGAGAGGAGACCGGGGCCAUCAUUCGUCGUCAUCGUCAUCGCAAUCCAGUCCUCCCACCUAUGGAUAUCACAACACUUUCCACACCCACGCACCCUUGGUCCUGGCCUCUCCGCCCUCGUACGCCCAAGCGACCAGCCCAGCAACCCUCGCAUGGCUCAACGCAAAAGCCUCCGCAGAGGCCACCCAUGUCCGCCGAGUCCAGGCACCGCCGCCCUACACAUGCACAGUCGAGUUGCAGGGUGUCAUGGGCAUGAGGAUGGAGCUGUCCAACAUCUUCGAGAUUGCCCGCGGCCGCGAGUGGACUGACGUCUAUGUCGUUCUGCGAGGAACUCAGCUCAGCAUCCACCGUAUAAAAACCCCAGGCAUUCUCAGCAAAUCCCGCGUGCCCACCGCCGGCCGCCUGUUGAAGACCUUCACCCUACAGCACGCCGAGAUAGGCGUAGCUUCAGACUUUAGAAAAACCUCCCUGAUCCCCAAAUCCCCGUUUGCUCACCUGGUUCCCGCUUCUGCUCGAGCCAAGCUGUAUGAAUCAGAUCCCCACCUGUUCGAGCCGGUUCGGGAGCACGUUUUGCGACUCCGUCUCGAGACUGACCAGUUCCUGCUCUGCGCCAACGAUGUCGAGGACUUGCUCACGUGGGCCGAGAAACUUUGCGCCGCCAUUGACAUCAGCCCCCCGAUCGAGGACCGGAGCGAGCCUCGAUACCGCAGUCUUCCUCGUCGGAACAGGCGACAGCGAGUCCUGGACGGAUCCCAGCUGGGCGAGAACCUCGAAAAUCUGUCGAGUCUGGAAGCUGGCCGACGUAUCAUUGCAGAACAAGAGGCCAUCAUCAGAGAGCUCUAUCCGCAUCUGGCAGCUCAAGCGCAAGCCGAAGGCGUCGAAGAGACAGCACCUGCUUCUCAAGGCGCAGACCCCGACCGUGACGAGUUCGAUGCCGACGACGUUCGCUUUCCGAUGCGUUCAUCUGCCGCCAGCCGCUCUGCGUCCCGAGACGGUGAAACCGGUGACGAGUCACGACCAUCCUCGAGCGAAGCCGUCGACGUGGAUCCCAAAAAUGCCCCCAUUGUAUAUGCCAGCCACGCCCAGAUUCUUCGCUACCGACGACGAUGCGCCCCUGUGCUUCUUGCGUGCUCCCCAAGGGUCAGCGACGUGGUAAUUAGGGAUGGUGAACGCGUACGCAUCAACACCAGGGAAACCAUCUUGGAAGAGUACACAUCUCAUCCUCCUCGCUAUGACGCCCACCAGUUCCCAAAGAUUCGACGCACGCCAAAACCGAUCGAAGUGGUCCCUCAAAUCACUUCUACUGUGCCCAUCACCAGCCCCAUCACCUUGGAACGUCCAAGUUCUCCUCUCCGCGGCAUCAGCGAUGAUUCCAUCACAUCCUUCGGCUAUGAUUUGGCCUCGACGUCUUCAGGCCACCAAUCCGAUAACCACUCGGAUCAUCACUCCGAUCAAAUCCGCUCCGCUGCUCCAUCUGAACCGCCAUCACCUACUGCUUUGACCCAAGUCAAGGCUGACGCCAACCGCCAGCUGGCAGCCAUGGGAAAGCGGAGACACAGCGAGGAGCAACGGGAGAAUGGAAUGGGCACCAUGACUCUGGGCAUGCCGCUCUACAUCUAA